AUGCUGCGGCCCUCUUUGUCGCCACCUAUCGGGUCCCUCGGUUUGUACAACAGGGCUGCGCAGGCCGGGGCAGCUCAGCAGCUGGGGGCGACCGCGUCCAUCACCCAAAAAAAGGCCCUGAGCGGCAGUUACAGGACCCCCGCCGGCGGCGGCGGGCUGCGUUCCGCGGCGCAGUGGCGCGACGCGUACGCCGGCGGCGCCGUGGCGCCCGGAGGGUCGCUAUCCGUGGAGGACGCGCCGGUGCCGGCGCCGGCGCCGGCGCCUGAGCCGGCCGCGUCGAUCGCGCUCAAGGUGACCAGCACGUGCCCCGGCGCCACCCUGGAGGCCCUAGUCCACCUGCGCGACGCAGAAAAGGGCGAGUGGCGCACCGCCGGGUUCAUCACUGUGGGGGCAGGCUCCACCGCGGAUGUGUGCCGCACCGACAAUCGCGUCGUGUACGUGUACGCGCGUCAGCGCGGCGGCGAGGACUGCGACGGGGGCGGCCGCUGCUGGAGGGGCGCGGCGGGGCCGUGGUCGUUCGAAGGGAAGGAUUACAAGUUUCAGGAGGUCACGAUCCCGGCCGACGCCGGCUCCUAUUACGUCCACACUUUCAAGUGCUGA